UAUCUUCCAGCCAGUAAUAUAAAACCAACCGCUUGUCGGCGCAAUAAGGAAGGGCCCACACCGCGGAAAGCGUUCCACGGAGACUUUUCACUUGCUGCUGUUACGUUUUUAGGUUUUCACAUUCAACUACCACCAUGUCAGACGCCGAGCAGCAGUAUAUGGAAACCUCACUGAACGGCCACGAGGGUGAGGAUGAUUUGAACGGAGCCGGGCAGUACGAUCAGGGCAACGGGGAUGCGCAGGCCGGGGCGCAAGGAAACGCCGGUGCGGACGGGACGGCCGGAGACGACGAAAACGGAGCGGACGGCGGGCAAAUUGAUGCGAGCAAAGGAGAGGAGGAUGCGGGGAAAAUGUUCGUCGGGGGGCUCAGCUGGGACACCAGUAAAAAGGAUCUUAAAGAUUAUUUUUCUAAAUUCGGAGAAGUGACAGACUGCACCAUCAAGAUGGACCCAAACACUGGACGUUCAAGGGGAUUCGGGUUUAUUCUUUUUAAAGAGCCAGCCAGUGUAGAUAAGGUUUUAGCACAAAAGGAGCACAGACUGGAUGGACGACAGAUCGACCCCAAGAAGGCAAUGGCGAUGAAAAAGGAGCCAGUUAAGAAGAUCUUUGUUGGUGGACUGAACCCUGAAACCACAGAAGAGAGGAUCCGCGAGUAUUUCGGUGCCUUUGGCGAGAUUGAGACUAUCGAGCUUCCAAUGGACCCCAAGUCAAACAAGAGGAGAGGCUUUGUCUUCAUUACCUUCAAGGAAGAAGAGGCUGUCAAGAAGAUUCUGGAGAAAAAAUAUCACAACGUCAGUGGAACCAAGGACACAAGUGGAAAAGAAGGCCUUUGUGAGAUUAAGAUUGCACAGCCUAAGGAAGUGUACCAGCAGCAGCAGUAUGGAGGUCGCUUUGGAGGUGGAGGAGGAAGAGGAAGGGGGCGUGGAGGUCAGGGUCAGAACUGGAACCAGGGCUACAAUAACUACUGGAAUCAAGGCUACGGGAACCAAGGCUAUGGAGGCUACGGCGGGCAGCAAGGCUACGGAGGAUAUGGCGGCUAUGGGAACUACGACUACUCAGGCGGCUACUACGGCUACGGCGGCGGAUAUGACUACAACCAGGGCAAUACAAGCUAUGGAAAAACUCCAAGACGUGGGGCUCACCAGAGUAGCUACAAGCCAUACUGAUCAUGUGUAGUGCAGGUCGUAAAGCUGCCGAGCAGGAACCAGCGGUCUGGUCGCAGUGAACGUUGGGAUCUUUUACUUUUUUGGAAGUUGGCAGAAUCUGGACUUCUGCUUCAUUUUGUACAGAAAACAAAAGGAACUGGGGGGGCGCAAAUGUCACUUUUCACAUUUGUUUUAUUUUACUUUUGUUUUUUGUUUUGUUUAUUUUCGUGUUUUGUGUCCUUUUUACAUUUCCAGAAAUGGAAGUGUUAUUUUUUUACUGUACUUUUUGGUACCUUUUUGAAUCUAAUGUAUUGUAUGGUUGUAUUUUACAUCAUGGCUGUGUCUAUCACAUCUAGGCUCAGAGCUCUAAAAAUGCUUUCAAAAUAAACAUUUUUGGUUGAUUUUUACUUUUCGUUAGUGUUCCUAGAUGAUUUCUUCCCCCUAGUGUCACCUGUGCUUUGUGUUGCAUGGCUUCAUGGUGAGAUGGAAAGGGAUUUCUUCAUGAUUGUAAGCUUGUCCAUUAUUUUUAUUUUUAAUCUGUUAGCGGCAACAUUGGUGACAUUUUUAUUUUAUUUUUUUCCCCUCUCCCUGUACUGCUUUUAAGGAGACUUCCUCCCAUCGUGUUAGAUAUUUAAGAGUGGCUUUAAUAGUGAUUAAACUAUACCUCAAAACAUACACAGGUAACUGUAACACGACUCUUUCUGGAAACACUGGAUACACAUUCCUCCAGUGUCUUGGACAAAUUUCAAGAAAUAAACUUGAUUUUUAAGA